AUGGUGAUCCUCCCAAUUCUCUUCCUGGUGCUGUGUGGCGUAGCCUUCAUUGCUGGGGUGCUGUUGAACAGCUAUGUCCUCUUCGUCGCCGGCUGCCGUGUGGAGAGGACGACCAGCACCGUGUGGUUCUGGAACCGAGCCAUGGCCGAUUUAAUCUUUAUCAUCUUCCUACCUCUCAAAUUCACCUCCACCUUCUUCCUGGACUUAGACUGGGCCAAGAGGCUGAGCAGCACCGUCACCUCCCUAUACAUGUUCUCCAGCGCCUUCCUCCUUAUGGCCCUCAGUGUCGACCGAUGCAUCCUUGUGGCACGCCCUGAGUGGGCCCAGAACCACCGCACACCCCUGCUAGCUGUCAUGAUGGUUUGUGGCAUAUGGGCCCUGUCUCUAGGGUUCAGCUUGCGGUACGGUGAUCUCUGGGAAUACCUCCUCUCACCUGUCAGCACCAGCAUGAAUUUCCAACUGGAUGAAGGGAGGGUGAAGGCCGCCGUAGUGAUCCAGUUCUUGGUUGGGUUUCUGAUCCCAUUAGCCUUGAUCUUGAUCCCAACCUUCUACAUUGUUCUAGCUGCCAAGCUGAGAGGGAACAGGCUGAUCCGGUCCACCAAGCCACUCAAGAUCCUUCUUGGCUUGAUCCCAACCUUUUUCCUCUGCUGGCUGCCGUAUCACAUCUUCUCCUUCCUGCAGAUCUCAAUUAUAUACCCUCUGCCUUUCCUUGUCACAGAAAGCAUUUUUGCUUGGAUGCUGGAGUAUUUCAACAGCUGCCUCAACCCCAUCUUCUACCUCACCAUGGAGGAAGAGUUUCUGAGGUACCGGCAACAUGCACGCAACUUCCAAACCACCGACAACUCAGGGCCAGAGCUGGCCUAA